AUGGCCGCAUCAACAGAGCAACAAAAGGCCCCUGUGGUUGCUGAGGCCCACCUUGUUGACACCUUCCAUCCUCCCCAGAAGAUGCUUGACAAGCACCCCAGCCAGCCCCACUUGAGCAGUCUCGAAGAUUACCAGAAGUUGUACAAGGAAUCCAUCACCGACCCCAAGGCCUUCUGGGGCACCAAGGCUCGCGAGCUCCUGACCUGGUUCAGCGACUUCCAGACGGUCUAUUCCGGCUCUCUCGAGGGAGGUGACAGCGCCUGGUUCGUUGAGGGCCAGCUCAACGCUUCUUACAACUGUGUCGACCGCCACGCCUUCGCCGAUCCCGACCGCGUCGCCAUCAUCUACGAGGCCGACGAGCCCGGCGAUGGCCGCAAUGUCACCUACGGCGAGCUCCUCAGAGAGGUCUCGAGGACCGCCUGGGUCCUGAAGCAGAUGGGUGUGCGCAAGGGCGACACCGUUGCCAUCUACCUGCCCAUGAUUCCCGAGGCCCUGAUUGCCCUCCUCGCUUGCGUCCGUAUCGGCGCUGUCCACUCCGUCGUCUUUGCCGGUUUCUCUGCCGACUCCCUCCGCGAUCGUGUCAUUGACGGCAACUCCAAGGUCGUCAUCACCACCGACGAGGGCAAGCGUGGCGGCAAGUUGAUUGGCACCAAGAAGAUCGUCGACGAUGCUCUCAAGCAGUGCCCUGAUGUCUCCCACGUCCUUGUCUACAAGCGUACCGGCGCCGAUGUGCCCAUGACCAAGGGCCGUGAUUGGUGGUGGCACGAGGAGGUCGAGAAGUGGCCUGCCUACUUCCCUCCCGAGCGCAUGAACUCUGAGGACCCCCUCUUCCUCCUCUACACUUCCGGUUCUACCGGCAAGCCUAAGGGUGUUUUGCACACCACCGGCGGGUACCUCGUCGGCGCCGCCGCAACCGGCAAGUACGUCUUCGACAUCCACGAGGGUGACCGCUACUUCUGUGGUGGUGAUGUUGGAUGGAUUACCGGCCACACCUACGUCGUCUACGCGCCUCUGCUGCUUGGUGUUACCACCGUCGUCUUCGAGGGCACUCCUGCCUACCCCAACUUCUCAAGGUAUUGGGACAUUAUCGCCGAGCACCGCAUCACCCAGUUCUAUGUCGCUCCUACCGCUCUGCGUCUACUGAAGCGCGCCGGUGACCAACAUGUCAAGGGUGACAUGAAGCACCUUCGUGUCUUGGGCUCCGUCGGCGAGCCCAUUGCGGCCGAGGUUUGGAAGUGGUACUUUGAGGUCGUUGGCAAGGAGGAGGCUCACAUUGUCGACACAUACUGGCAGACCGAGACUGGAUCCAACGUCAUCACUCCUCUGGCUGGCGUCACACCCACCAAGCCUGGUAGCGCAUCUCUGCCAUUCUUUGGCAUCGAGCCUGCCAUUAUCGACCCUGUUUCCGGCGAGGAGAUCCACGGCAACGACGUGGAGGGUGUCCUUGCCUUCAAGCAGGCCUGGCCUUCGAUGGCCCGCACCGUCUGGGGUGCUCACAGGCGCUACAUGGACACCUACCUCAACGUCUACAAGGGUUACUACUUCACCGGAGACGGUGCCGGCCGUGACCACGAGGGCUUCUACUGGAUCCGCGGACGUGUCGACGAUGUUGUCAACGUCUCGGGUCACCGUUUGUCGACUGCCGAGAUCGAGGCCGCGCUCAUUGAGCACCACUCAAUUGCCGAAGCCGCCGUCGUUGGUGUUGCCGACGAGCUCACCGGCCAGGCUGUCAACGCCUUCGUCGCCCUCAAGGACGGCAACGAGGCCACGGAUGCGCUCCGCAAGGAGUUCAUCAUGCAGGUGCGCAAGAGCAUCGGUCCCUUCGCGGCUCCCAAGGCCGUGCACAUUGUGCCCGACCUGCCCAAGACCCGUUCCGGUAAGAUCAUGCGCAGAAUCCUGCGCAAGAUUCUGGCUGGCGAGGAGGACCAGCUUGGUGACGUGACGACGCUGUCCGACCCGUCAAUCGUCGACAAGAUCAUCACCAUUGUCCACGAGGAGAAGAGAAAGAAGUAA